AUUAAUUCUUAUUCUUACAAAUUAAAAUCAGAGAAGAUCCAUGGGGAAGGGAAAGUCCAAAAUUCUGAUGAAGAAGAUCGAGUGUUUACCGGCCCGAAACGUCUGCUUCUCCAAACACAAAAAGGGGCUGUUCAAGAAGGCAGAUGAACUCUGCAGCCUAUUCCCGGGAGUCAAAAUUGCGGCGGUCCUCUUCUCUCCCGCCGGAAACCCUUACAUGUACGGCGACCCAGCAGGUAUUCCCGAGACGGCGGGCGAGAGUGAAAAGAGAACCGGAUUAGUGGGUAAAGUGUCGCAGCGGGAGGGCAGCGGUCCUCUUUCUGCUCGGUUUUCUUCGCCCAUGUCCGGUGAUCCGGGCGAGAAUACUGCUUGGAACAGCGGCGGACCGUUGGCUGACGAAGUUAUCGAAUCAGUGAUCCGAGAGGUGCAGCAGAGGCAACUGCAGGGAGGGUGUCCUGUUAAUUUUCCUCCGCAAUAUCCUUCGCCGUCUUCUGUUCUGGCUGGGGGCGGUGGCCAUGUUAUUUGUGAACCCUGCUGCUACUCGCCAAUUGAGAAGGAGACACUCGAUACUCUUUGGAAAGAUGAUUGGCUAAUUAGUGGAUAAGACAUUGGAUCAAUGAUCCGGGAGUUGCAGACGGAGCAGGGCGGCGGUUCUGCUUUUCCAGAAUAUUCCUCGCCGCCGUCCUCUGUUCUGGCCUGGGGCGGUGGCCAUGUGAUUUGUGAACCCUGCUGCUACUCGCCAAUUGAGAAGGAGACAUUCAAUACUCCUUGGGAAGAUGAUUGGCUGAUUAGUGGAGAAGACAUUGGAUCAAUGAUCCGGGAGUUGCAGCCGGAGCAGGGCGACGGUCCCGCUUUUCCAGAAUGUUCCUCGCCGCCAUCCUCUGUUUUGGCUUCCUCCUCAAGUCAGCAGGGGACACUCAGAGAAGAAGAUGUGGAUUCACUGAUCCAAGAGUUGCUGUGUUAGGGCCUUACUAUUUUGAAGUGAUCCAUCAUUUUUGGUUCUAGGCAUGCAUCCUGCACAUAACACCAUAAUUACUUUCUUCUGACUUUAGGGUUUAUGAGAACUGUUACUAUUCUGGGACUAAUGGCACUUACUGUGUUAUUCAUUACAUCAUAUUAUCUUGAGAAUGAUCUUAAUUUGGUCGUGAAGCAUAUGUAAAUAUGGACCGUAAAUAUGUAUAUUUUGGUCCGAACUUUGAGAAUGUUACUAGUUUAUGAUUUAA